AUGCGCGACAAAUCUACGCUGCUCGCAGCGGGGUCGUGCACGCGGAAGACCGCAUCGAUCGCGAUCCGCGAAAGUUUGUCCGACACUACGGAAACUAGCUUCGUGCGCAGCGAGUUGCACACCACCUGUCGAAUCUUCUCGUAGUCGGUUAAGUCGAAUUCUUGCUCCAACUCGGUAAUCGUGUCUUGCGCGACUGCAUUCGCUUUGCCAAAGCCGGAAAUGAUCUGCUGUGGGUGGAGGCCCACCUUGAUAAGCGAGAACGCGGCUUUCACCAAGCUCGCAGCGACAAGCACUACGCUCGUAGUGCCGUCGCCCGCCUCAAUGUCUUGCGACUUGCUCAGCUCCGAGAGAAUCAGCGCGGCAGGAUUAUCCGUCUUCAUUUCGUUCAAUAUCGUAGCGCCGUCGUUUGUAACCACGACCUCACCGUUCUCGUUCAAGAUUAGCUUGUCCAGUCCGAAAGGACCCAAGGACGUUCGGAUGUAAUCCGCGACGUUACAGACCACGCGCAAGUUGUGCUCCUGCACCGCUUUGGCCUGA